CGGCCGCGGAACGACACGUGGCGGGCACUCCGCACGGGCGACGAGCUCGCGGUCAUUUUCAGUUCAAUCCACGUGUGAUCUGUGUCGCCGAUAUUAAGCUAUUCACGUGAACCAUUACUAUUGUACUCCGCAAACUUUAUGCAGUUGUUAUAUUUAUUAUAGUGAUCAGCACAAAAUUAAAAGAUUAUCAAUAAAACAAAAGGAGGUACUUAAUAUAGUGUGGCUAGAAGCCGACGGAGAGUCGCAUGAGUUGUGGCCGACGAGCCAUGGUGGCUGACAAAUAAAUUGACGACCUUCCUAUAUGCACAUAUACUUUUUACUACAUUAACUGCACAAACGAGUACAUACAUACAUACAAAGUGUGCGGUGCCCAUGUGCGGUACAACCGUGCACGGUACGAGUGUAUGUCGCGUGUGUGAUGCUGUGGUAGAGCAGUGUGGCGGCGAUGUGUGGGUGCAGUGAGAGAGAGGCGGCGUGCUGAGGGCGCGGCGGGGGGGAAGAGCGCGGGCAGGGCGGGAACGCGCCAUGCGCUGACGCCAUGCCGCGCCCGAUAUGCCGCGCCGCGCCCCGCCUCUCGCGGCACCGCUGCUGCUGCUGCUCGCGCUUGCAGGGUGCGCCGGCAACCCGGACGCCAAGCGGCUCUACGACGACCUGCUUAGCAACUACAACAAGCUGGUGCGACCCGUGCUCAACGUCAGCGACGCGCUCACCGUGCGUAUCAAGCUCAAGCUCAGUCAGCUCAUCGACGUGAACCUCAAGAAUCAAAUUAUGACAACGAAUUUAUGGGUGGAACAGACUUGGUAUGACUACAAGCUGUCGUGGGAGCCGCGCGAGUACGGCGGCGUCGAGAUGCUGCAUGUGCCCUCGGACCACAUCUGGAGGCCGGACAUCGUGCUCUACAACAACGCGGACGGGAACUUCGAGGUGACGCUGGCGACGAAGGCGACGCUCAACUACACGGGGCGCGUGGAGUGGCGCCCGCCCGCCAUCUACAAGUCCUCCUGCGAGAUCGACGUCGAGUACUUCCCCUUCGAUCAGCAGACGUGCGUCAUGAAGUUUGGUUCAUGGACCUAUGACGGAUUCCAGGUGGACCUCCGUCACAUAGACGAGGUGCGCGGCACCAACGUGGUGGAGCUCGGGGUGGACCUCUCCGAGUUCUAUACGUCUGUUGAGUGGGACAUACUCGAGGUUCCUGCCGUCCGAAAUGAAAAGUUCUACACGUGCUGCGACGAGCCCUACCUGGAUAUAACGUUCAAUAUCACGAUGCGGCGAAAGACCCUGUUCUAUACCGUCAACCUGAUUAUCCCGUGCAUGGGCAUCUCAUUUCUGACGGUGCUGGUGUUCUAUCUGCCUUCCGACAGCGGCGAGAAAGUGUCGCUCUCAAUCUCCAUCCUCCUCUCCUUGACUGUGUUCUUCCUGCUGCUCGCGGAGAUCAUCCCGCCGACGUCCCUGGUGGUGCCUCUGCUGGGCAAGUUCGUCCUCUUCACCAUGAUACUCGACACGUUCAGUAUAUGCGUGACGGUGGUAGUGCUGAACGUGCACUUCCGGUCCCCGCAGACGCACACGAUGUCCCCGUGGGUGCGGCGCGUCUUCAUUCACGUGUUGCCGCGACUGCUCGUCAUGCGCCGACCACAUUACCGCCUCGACCCCCACCGCAGUCGCUUCGCGGGACUUGUAUCGGGCGUGGAGGCGCCGUGGGAGGAAGUGCCGCACGCGGAAGUGCCUGCCCCCCCGCGGCCCCCUCGCACCCCGGCGCCCACCUGCGCCGUCUGCGCGCCAGAGGAGGCACCCGUCCUGUGCGACACGCUGCGGCGCUGGCACCGCUGUCCCGAGCUCCACAAGGCAAUCGACGGCAUCAACUACAUCGCGGAACAGACACGCAAGGAGGAGGAGUCCACUAGGGUGAAGGAGGACUGGAAGUACGUGGCGAUGGUGCUGGACCGACUGUUCCUGUGGAUCUUCACGCUGGCGGUGGUGGUGGGGUCGGCGGGGAUCAUCCUGCAGGCGCCCACGCUGUACGACGAGCGCGCGCCGAUCGACGUGCGGCUCUCGGAGAUCGCGUACGCCACCGCCAAGCCGCGCCCCCCUCCGCCCCGCUGAGACCACCACUAUUACGAGCAACAUGCUCUGCUCACUGUAUCACCUUGUAAAUAUUAUAAUUAAUAAUAACAUAACUAUAGUUUAUAAUAAUACGACGAAUGCCACGAUCGAAUCUAAGUCGAAUUUUUUUUUGAUAGAGACGAAAUAA